AGCGUGCCCGAUAACCGCGGAAUCCUAUCCUGCGAAAUCCAUCCAGCAAUAAUAAAAAGGAAACCAGAGCCCUGUCAAACGAAAUAUUUCCAGGGAGCAGAAACGACUUACCUUGACUCGAUCGGCUCAAUUCAGAAUUUCAGAUCUCGGCGCGGAUGGGGAUCAGCAUCAGCCGCGACCGGCAGGGCCAUGCCGGCUGGUGGCUGUCGUCGCUGUUGACAGCGCCGGUGCUGCUCCAGUACGUCGCCGGCGACGCAGGCAUCCCGCCGCCGGUGACGGCCGCGCUGAUCGCCGCCAACGUGCUGGCGCACUUACGCCCGGGCCUCCUCGACGAGCUCCUCCCGCCGCUCUGGCGGGUCAUCGAGUACGGUGACCUGAGACGUUUCUUCUCCUCAGCUUUCUACCAUGUGAGCGAGCUUCACCUCUUGAUGAACAUGACAUCUCUCUUGUCGGCGGGCGACGAGCUCGAGACAUCCAUGGGCAGUUUCGAGUUUGCGUCCAUGGUGGCCUUCUUGCUUGGCCUGAGUAAAGGCUUCACAAUUCUCUUGUCGAAAAGUUUGCUCCUCCUCGGCAACAACAGCGCAUACUACCAUCAGCAUUCUGCUGGAUUCUCCGGGGUGUUGUUUGGCAUGGACGUUGUGCUGAAUGACUUGGCAGGUGAGGGUCCAGAGAAGUAUGCCGUGUGUGCUAGACUACUCCUCACCCAGGUCCUCAUUCCUGAGGCAAGCUUCAUUGGCCAUCUCGGCGGGAUACUUGCUGGCCUCACCUACCUUUGCUUGAAGCGCAGUCCAGGCCCGAUCGCCGCUCUCUUUUCGAACAUUGCAGAUGUUGUGGGUCGAUCUGUGGGAUUUGCCCGGAAACUUGUGAGAUCAGUGGUCGUCCCUCGUCGACGGAGCAAUGCGGGAGGAGGCCCCGUUCUUGUUUCGGCGCCAAGAGAGACCGGUCGAGGCAUGUGGAGAUGCUCUGCCUGCACUUAUGACAACUCGCAAUGCGAAGAUGUCUGCCAGAGGUGCAGCACUCCACACGAAGAACAUGCUUUCUCCGCCAGCCGCCAGACGGCUUCUCAAAGAUAGGGGAAACGGGAUGAUUUAGAAUAAUAUGAUCUGAUCUCCAUCAUUUUGGUAUCAACAAUAUUUGCAGCAUGAACUAUUAAUUGGUUGCAGCUGCGCGAACGUGUACAACAAGGACCGAGUUCGGUUCGAGCAAUGCAUUACCGGUUGCUGGCCGGGGUUAUGUCGUGUACUUCAAGUGGCGGAUCCAGGACUAAAUCACAGGGGUGCCACACUCCACAUAUUAUUCAAUUAUCAUUUUAUAAUCA